AUGGAUCUAAGGGAAGAGGAGCGAGCCCCUCUGGUGUUUCGAGACAGAGGUGGAAGCCAGAAGUCUGAGUCCAGUUCAGCUCACAGUCUACAAGUGCACCUGUACUUCUUCCCCGGUUCAAAAGACCAAAGCACCAUAAACAUCUCCUCUGGUCCCAUCUCCGCCGAAGAACUCUGCAAACAGGCAGCAGCCAAAUGUGGAAUCGUUCCAGUUUAUCAGAGUCUUUUUGCUUUGGCGUCUGCGGACUCAUCUUUCUGGUAUCCUCCAUCGCAUGUGUUCACCACCGAUGACAACCUCAAAGUCCAAUUGCGAGUCAGGUUUCUGUUUGGGAACUGGUACGGUCAAGAAUCAAAGUCUUCUUAUCGCUUUAGUCAUUCCAAAGACAGAAUGAAUCCAGUUGGGGACUGCGCCGUCAUUGACUACCUCUUCGCACAGUGGAGGAAUGACUUCAUCAGUGAGGCAGGAGUGUCUCUGCCUCUGACCACUCAAGAGGACUGUCUGGGACUCGCGGUGCUUGACUUGUGGAGAAUGGCAAAAGAGCAACAUCAAAGUGUGAGAGAGCUGUGUAAAUCUGUCAGUUAUAAAUCCUGCCUUCCUAAAUCGCAUCGACACGCCAUCCAAAAACGAAACCGCCUGGACCGCUACCGUAUCCGGAACACUUUGAAACAAUUCUUAAGGAAGCUUGGUAACUGCCCCGUGGACGCAUGUACGCUCAAGAUCAAAUAUCUCAUUGAACUGGCCGCCAUUGAACCAUCUUUGGGGAGUGAGGUCUUCGAGGUGCACUCUAAGUCUGGAUUCACUCAUGUGCGAGUCAGCGGAGAAUCAGGCAUUGAGACAAAAGGAGAGGAGGAUCCCAAUCAACCAAUGGAAUGGAAGAGUGUUUGUGAUUUUCAAGAGAUCGUUGAUGUCAGUGUCCAGCGAGUGUGUCUAGAGAACGCAGGCCAAGACAGCCGAGUGGUCACAAUUACUCACAGCAACGACAGAUUUUUGGAGGCCACAUUUUCCAGUAUCCAUGAAGCUUUAUCAUUCGUGGCACUCAUAGAUGGAUAUUUCAGAUUGACUACAGACUCCAGCCACUUCUUCUGUCAGGACGUCGCUCCACCAAGUGUUCUGGAAGGAAUCAAGAAUCACUGUCAUGGACCCAUUACAUCUGAGUUUGCGAUGAAUAAGUUAAAAAAGUCUGGAUUUAAAAGUGGCGCGUUUCUCCUACGUCAGAGUCCCAAAAGUUAUGACAACUACUUCCUGACCGUCUGCAUUAAGACCCCCCUUGGACUGGAUUAUAACGACUGUCUCAUCAUAAAGAAUGAAACCUUCAGUCUUCCUGGAGUGCAAAAGUCCUUUUCCACUUUAAAGGAGCUCACAAGUUUUUACCAACACAAUAGAUUUCUUCUGGCUGACAUUCCGCUCAAAUUAGGCCAAUGUUGUCCACCAAAACCUAAAGAACUCACAAAUCUAAUCAUUAUUCGAGGCAACGCCUCAGUGGAGCAGGACUCCCCUCGUGCCGGCAGAAGCAAAUUAAGUCAUAUCCAGUUUCACACGAUCAAAUACGAAGACCUAAAAUGGGAGGAAAGCCUUGGUCAAGGAUCGUUCACUCGGAUUUUCAAAGGCAGAAAAACUGACAUCAAUGAAGAUAAAAAACAUGUGACAGAAGUUCUACUCAAAGAACUAGACGUAGUUCACAAGAACUGUUGGGAAUCAUUCUUUGAAGCUGCCAGUCUGAUGAGCCAGGUCUCUCACAAACACCUGCUCCUUGUUUAUGGUGUCAGUGUUCAUGGUCCAAAGAACAUAAUGGUGCAGGAGUUUGUGAAGCACGGGGCCCUGGACCUGUACUUGAAGAGAGAGGUUUCUGUCUCAGUGAGCUGGAAACUGGACGCAGCCAAACAGCUAGCAUCAGCAUUACACUUUCUCGAGGAAAAGAAUAUUGUUCAUGGAAAUAUCUGUGCCAAAAACAUACUUUUGGAAAGAGAAGGAGACUCAUCGCAGGGAAACUCCCCCUUCAUCAAACUGAGUGAUCCGGGCAUUAGCGUGGCUACGCUAGGCCGAGACGUUAUUCUGGACCGGAUUCCUUCGGUGGCUCCUGAAGUGGUGCAGACUCCAGAGAAACUCAGUCUGGAGUCAGACAAGUGGAGCUUUGGUGCCACAUUGUGGGAAAUCUUCAACAAAAAGGCUUCUAUGAAAGGCUGGAGUUUAGAAAGAAAGCUUCAGUUUUAUGAGUCCUUCCAGCAGCUGCCUCGCUCUCAGUGGGCAGAGUUGGCAGAUCUGAUCAACCAGUGCAUGGAUUACCAGGCAGACUUCAGGCCUUCAUCACGGAGCAUUAUCCGGCAGCUCAACAGCCUCAUCACAUCAGAUUAUGUGAUACUUCAUGCGUCAGAGUCGGUGUACCAGAACGCAGUUUGGAAGCUUCCCAACCCUCAGAACAACGACGUGUUUGAAGAGCGCCACCUUUGUUACCUCUCAAUGCUGGGAAAGGGGAACUUUGGCAGCGUCGAGCUCUGUCGCUACGACCCGUUAGGAGACAACACCGGGGAACUGGUGGCUGUGAAGAAGCUGCAGCCGAACAAACAGUCCACCUCAGAAGAUUUUCAUAAAGAAGUCAAUACUCUCAGCUCAUUGAACUGUGAUUAUAUCGUCAAGUACCGAGGAAUCUGUUACGGCGCAGGUCGCCUGACUAUGAGCCUGGUGAUGGAGUACCUGCCCUACGGAAGCUUAAUAAGCUACUUAGAGAAUUACUGUGACAAGGUCAACACCAGAAGGCUGCUGCUUUUUGCCUCUCAGAUCUGUAAGGGCAUGAAGUUUCUUCAGGUCAAACGUUAUGUCCAUCGUGAUCUUGCAGCCAGAAACAUCCUCGUUGCAGACCACUCGAGAGUGAAGAUAGCGGAUUUUGGUCUUACAAAAGUCAUCCCCUUUGAUAAAGAAUAUUACAGAGUCACACAACCUGGAGAAAGCCCAAUCUUCUGGUACGCGCCCGAGUCCAUCACAGAAUUCAUAUUCUCCUCCAAGUCGGACGUGUGGAGUUUUGGAGUUCUUCUUCACGAGCUCUUUUCCUUCUGCAAUACAAACCUGAAUCCAAAAAGACUGUGUAUGCAGGAAAUUGGACACGGAGUCCAGGGACCGUCAAUCUCAAUGCAUCUGGCAAAUAUUCUGAAGAAUGGAUGGAGACUUCCUGCUCCACUGCAUUGUCCAACACAGGUCUACAGUCUGAUGAAGAAGUGUUGGCUGUAUCUAUCUGAAGAUCGGCCUGUUUUCUCUAGUUUAGAAGAACAGAUAGAAACUCUGAUGCAAGAAGAGAGAUAA